AUGAGCACUUCUUCCAUCCGCAAUACUCGCAAGUCGAUGCCCGCCCAGCUGAACGGCGUCGACAGCGACAACACCACUUCGGUCUCGACGCCGCAGCCGUCCUAUGCAAACCGCAAUCCCCAACGGGCCAGAAUGACCAAGACCCCGCAAGUCAAAGCAGAGCCCAAGUCGGUUGCCUCGGUUGCCAAAUUGCAAAACCAGAGCAAACCUGCGACUUCUGUCCAGCCUCGUUCGACCCCAAAUACAUCCACCCGAUCGCGCCGUCCCGAACGCAAGUCCGCUGCCACCAAACGCUUCACCGAUGCACAGACGCCAUCUGCAGCCACCAAGCCUGCAUCUUCGGUGGCCACCAGAACCAGCUCUCGUCCCCAGCGUUCGACCCGGAAGCAAGCCGCUGAUGCCAAUGCCAUGGACCGUAAAUCUGACCCGGUGUCAGCCCCCAAUACGCCCUUUCGUCGGGAGGUCGCCGACAGCAGUGAAAGCACGCCAGCGCUGGAUGAGAAAGCUGCCGGGUAUGAAGCCACGCCUGGUUAUGAUGUGGACACUCCUGGGCUCGAAGGCAACACGCCGUACGGCGAGAAUUAUCCCUUUGAUUAUCGCUCCGACAUGUAUCGCAACUAUGGUCUGGAUGGUAGUCUCGAUGCUCCCGGGUCACCUACGGCCAGCUUCUCGACCACUACGUCCGCUGCUCGCACGUCCGGACGCGCCCGAAAGCCCACCAUCAAAGCCAUGGAGUCGAUGGAGUCCGAACGGCGGUUCCGUCGGAAUCACACUCCGUCCGUGAAGCCGGAAUCCACUCCAAAGGAAACCGGAGAGCCGGCGGGCAAGCCUGCGACUCAACCGACCAACGCGCCCAUGCCAGGACCCGCUUCGCAGGCCGUCGAGUUGGACCCGGCGGUUCUCGCCAACCGACUGCUGGACCUGGCUGCAGCCGCCGUGGCUCCAGAAUUCGAGCCGGCCCCGGAAGUGGAGGGCUGGCUGGAGGAACUGCGGCAAGAAUUCACCAAACGACAAGAGGGUGAUAUCUCGACGCAGCCCACGACCGAGUCUGAGGAGGCGGGGGCUGGGGGUUCCAGUAAGCCCCCUUCCCCAUCUGACGCCGCCCCCCAAUGGACUGACGAGGAUGGCUUCAUCUACACAGGCCAGAUGAACGAAUUUGGCGAGGAGCUGGUCACCGUGGGACCUGGAUACGCCUGGUUCCGGCCCACCAACACGUAUGGCGACCAGCUGCUCCCCCAGCCCCCGGUCCGUCUCAAGUCGCACGAGCAACUGGCCAAAGAUCGGAUUUACGGAUUUCCGCCGCUGAUGGGCGAGCGGAAUUUGCCUCGCGAGAACGUGCCUUUCUUUUAUGAGAAUGUCGACGAGGUGAAGGCGUUGAUCAAGGCCCAGAAGGAGGCUCAGAAGAGGGGGAUUCUCGUGAAUCGAAUGAUGCCAGCGGCCUACAUCCAGGAAUUGAUUGCCAAGCAUGAUAACAACGCAGAAACGGCGGCGCCUAGUGAAGUGAAAGAGACCAAAGAGCCGACGCGCAAGCGGCGUCGUGGCGAGACAUCCGAGACUACUCAGGCGUCCAAAAGACGACGCAGAGAGCCGUCGCCACCCCGGGAGAAACCCAAGACGCUGCGAAUCAAGCUGACCCUGAAGGGCGCCGCAGCCAAGAAGCGAUCCCAUUCGGACACGGAGGAAACGCCUGCCGAGACGAUCAGUCCGGAGCGGCCCAGUCCAUCCAAGAUCCUCAAGCUGUCCGGCCUUCGUCGCAAUUUUGCUGUCGAGUCAACUCCGUCCACUCCUGCUGCCGAAGCGAAUGCCACGAAUGGAGCUGAUACUGUGGAGGGACCUGAACGACCGGAACCGAACCUGGGCACCACGCCUGGGGGGCGUCCUCGUCGUCGCGCGGCAGCGGCUUUGAUGGCCGAAUUCCAGAAUCAUGCGGAAGAACGGGCGCGUCGAGCCAAUGCGCGCAAAAAGGGACCAUCUAGCGACAAGCCGGAUGAUCCGGACCAAGCCAAUUGA